UCAGCCGGUAAAGUAGAGUAGUAAGAAAAUCAGUGUUAAGUAUCGAACUUAACUUAGCGUGGCUGGCUUAACUUAUGAUCUUAAAUCAAGAUUGUGUGUUUUAAUUGAGUCAGCAGAGAGAUAAGUUAUCCUUAACCGACGACAAAAUUUUCGUGACGGGAAGUCGAUUUCUAAAGGAUCGCAAGUACAAGUAAUCUUCAUCGUGUAGUCGUUCCUCAUCAACUGAAAAAAGACUUUAGCAUGGCCCAAUGUAUCGAAGGAAAGAUGAAAAUGACCUGGAGAACUAGAAUUUGCUACGGAGUCGGUCAUAUUCUUAAUGACCUUUGCGCUUCAAUGUGGUUUACAUAUCUUCUGCUUUACCUUCAUAAGGUUGCUCAAUUUUCAAAUUUGGCUUCGGGAACUUUGCUGUUGAUCGGUCAAGUCGCUGAUGCUCUUUCAACGCCGUUUGUUGGUGUGGAAUCCGAUAAAACCAGAGAUUGUAAAUACGGUCGCAGAAAAGUCUGGCAUCUCGUUGGAGUUGUGUGCGUUGCUUGUUCCUUUCCAUUCAUUUUCAACCUCUGCAUUGGUUGUGAAGACGCAUCAACUUGGGCCUUGUUCGUGUACUAUGUUCCCUUUAUUGUGAUUUUCCAGUUCGGCUGGGCAUCAACGCAAAUUUCUCAUUUAAGCUUGAUUCCAGAACUGACGGAUUGCGAAAACGAGAAAGUUACCUUAAAUGCCAUCAGAUAUGCUUGUACAGUUUCAUCAAACAUUUUUGUCUUUUUGGUGACAUGGGUUCUUAUAAGUACAGAAGGAAAUGGCACAGACAAACUUUCUCCUUCUGACUCAACAGCUUUUAUGUAUGUUGCAUUUAUUGUGGUUGGCACUGGUCUCCUGUUCAUGUUGAUAUUUCAUAUCGGACUAAAAGAGCCUCCAAGAAGUUGUACAUAUGUGUUUGCAAAUGAAAGAAGUAAAAGAAGUGCUGCAAACUGGAUGCAUUGGUUUAAAGAAAUCCAGUUCUAUCAGGUGGCUGCUCUCUAUAUGUGCACUCGACUGAUUGUUAACAUCACCCAAGUUUAUAUCCCCAUGUACGCUCUUGAAACACUGUCGUUAAGAAAGGACACCAUUGCUAUAAUUCCCUUAGUCAUUUAUGUAUGUGGAUUCUUGUCCACAUUCCUUUCAAAACCAUUAAACAAGUGCUAUGGUAGAAAGGGUACAUUUUUCCUUGGACUCCUUAUGAUAGGAGGUGUGAGUGCAUGGAUGCGUUGGAUAGGAGAGAAAGACUACAUAUCAGCAUAUGGAGCCUCUGCUUUAUUAGGAGUUGGUGGAUCAACUUUACUUGUCACUGCUUUGACUAUGCUUGCAGAUCUGAUUGGGGAGAAUGUGGAAACAGGUGCAUUUGUGUAUGGAGCAAUGAGUUUCACAGACAAACUAUCCAAUGGACUUGCAGUACAACUCAUACAGAUAUUUCAUCCAUGUAACAAAGUAGGAGAUCAUGUUGCAGUACAUAGUCCUUGGAAUGGAAACUCUACAGCUUCCCCUCAUGGAAUAGGACUCAGUCAUUCUCACAUGACCUGCUGCGCAGGCUGUGGUCCAUACUACAGAGAGGUUAUGGUGUAUGUUGCUGGUGGGGCAACCAUAAUAUCAAUGCUGGUUCUAAUCAGCAUGUUAAAGACGAAAAUAGGAGACUUCGAAGAAUCUGGGAAAGUAGAAGCGAACGUACAAGAUAAACUGCUUGGUCAGAACGUUUCAGUGAGUACCAGCGUAUCAAGAUCUAUAGGAUCGCCGCCCAAUCAAUCGUGCCUUAUGUACGAACCUACGACCUCGCCCAAGUAUGGAUCAAUACAAGGGUCACCUCACGAUGUGCCAUGCUCCAUACAAGAGGAUGUCGGUAGUUCACAGGAGAGGGCAAGAAGGAACUGUGAGCGGUGAUCAUACGCUGAAACAUCUGAAAUGUGAUUAUUGAUAAGAAUAUCACUGUUGAAAGGAAUGUACAUGAGAGGCAAUACGUUCCUAAAUGUGAAGCUAAUGUGUUGCCCAUCUCAUAGGAAGUCGAGAGAUAUGGCUGAAAUUUGGAAGGCACUAACUCGAGGUGUUCAAGCGAUCGAUCACCUGAGAAUUUUGUAUCAAAUCACAAUUCCGGUAACAAAAAUUCUGCUGGCACUAGCUUAAGGUAUUGAAGCGAUUUUAAAGGAAUUAUUCUAAAUCUUAACUUUAAAGAAAGAAAUUUUAAAAUGGUUUCGUGUUUUGGAGAACAUGGAAUGUGUUAUUGGCUUUUCUUUUUUCUGUAUUUGAGUAAAUAAUUUUUAAUACAAAUGGAAACUACAUGAAGAAAUAUCUACAGCUGGUCUUUUUCGGAAUCAUAUUGCCGGUAAAUAUAAAUGAAUGAUAAAACGGUAUAUUUAAAUGAGAAUUGAGAAGAGAAGAACUCUUUCAUUCUGAAUUGAAUUGAGUUGAACUUCAUACAGAAGGAUACAAAUAUCCCAAGACAGGAAACGAUAAAAGAAUUCGUGUCGCAUCUUUUGAUACAAAGAGCUGGUUUAUAUUUCCACCAAAUUUUAAUGGUUUUCUCCCUUUCACGGAGAAAAGCUCACCAAAUGCAUGGAACUUGAUUAACCCUUAAACUCCCAAAAUCUCAUUAGUAAUUCUCCUUACUGUCAUUCAUACAAUUCUUGUGAUGAUAGUUUUGAGAAUUUGGUAUUGGAUCAACUCAAUCCUUUAAGCGAUAUUUUUAUUUAUUCUUAUCACUUGUCUGCUUGAUAUUGUAUUGAUAUCGUAAAGAAGAAUUAUAUCAUGGUCAUUUAUGGGUGUUAAAGGGUUAAAAGUUUAAUCAGUCUUUAUAAUGAAGCUUCGCCAUUUAUGGUUAAUUAUCACUUCUUGAUACCUUUUCAUACAACUUGAAAAAAGCGAUAAUUUUCAGAAAGUAGCGCAGUAUUUUAGGAAACAAAGAAAUGAGAUAA